UUGCCCGUCUGGCGGUGGGGGCGGGAAGGAGGCCGCGGCCGCGCGUCAGUACGGCGGCUGUGAGGGUGAGGGUGAGGGUGAGCGCGAGCCAGGGCUCCUCCCCUGCCGCCCGCCAGACGGUGGCUGAGGAGGCAGCGGGAGGGGAUGGUGCGUCUGGCGGAGGCGGUGGCGGACGCCGCUCCGGCUCCUCCAUCCCCGCGCCAUCGCCAUGGGUAUGAGUAGGCCCCCCCGGCCAGCGCAGAUAUGAGGCGUCUCUUAACAAGCUAAAACUUACAGAACCAUGGCUCAGUUUCCAACACCUUUUGGGGGCAACCUGGAUAUCUGGGCUAUUACUGUGGAGGAGAGAGCUAAACAUGAUCAACAGUUCCACAGUCUGAAACCAACAUCUGGAUUUAUCACUGGUGAUCAAGCUAGAAACUUUUUUUUUCAAUCUGGGUUACCUCAACCAGUAUUAGCACAGAUAUGGGCUCUAGCUGACAUGAACAAUGAUGGGAGGAUGGAUCAGUUGGAGUUUUCAAUAGCUAUGAAACUUAUAAAAUUAAAACUACAAGGUUAUCAACUCCCAUCUGCAUUGCCUCCUGUCAUGAAGCAGCCACCUAUUGCUCUGCCUAGUGCACCAGGAUUUGGUAUUGGGGGCAUUGCCAGCAUGCCAUCUCUUACAUCUGUUGCCCCAGUGCCAAUGGCAUCUAUUCCAGUAGUAGGAAUGUCUCCACCAUUAGUAUCUUCUGUUCCUGCAGCAGCAGUACCUCCCUUGGCUAAUGGAGCUCCUGCUGUUAUACAGCCUCUGCCUGCUUUUGCUCAUCCUGCCACAUUGCCAAAGAGUUCUUCCUUUACUAGAUCUGGUCCAGGAUCACAGCUAAAUGCAAAACUGCAGAAGGCACAAUCGUUUGAUGUGGCUAGUGUGCCUCCUGUGGCAGAGUGGGCUGUACCUCAGUCAUCAAGACUGAAGUACAGACAGCUGUUCAAUAGCCAUGAUAAAACGAUGAGUGGACACUUAACAGGUCCACAAGCAAGAACUAUUCUUAUGCAGUCAAGUUUACCACAGGCUCAGCUGGCUACAAUAUGGAAUCUUUCCGAUAUUGAUCAAGAUGGAAAACUUACUGCUGAAGAGUUUAUUCUGGCUAUGCACUUAAUUGAUGUAGCUAUGUCUGGUCAGCCGCUGCCACCUGUACUGCCUCCAGAGUAUAUUCCACCUUCUUUUAGAAGAGUACGCUCUGGUAGUGGCAUAUCUGCUGGAAGUUCAGUGUCUGCAGACCAAAGGUUACCAGAAGAAACAGCAUUAGAAGAUGAACAGCAGCAACUGGAAAAGAAAUUACCAGUUACAUUUGAAGAUAAAAAACGGGAGAACUUUGAACGUGGCAAUCUAGAACUUGAGAAACGGAGGCAGGCUCUCCUGGAACAGCAACGCAAAGAACAAGAACGUCUAGCACAGCUGGAACGGGCAGAGCAGGAAAGGAAAGAACGUGAGCGGCAGGAGCAAGAACGUAAAAGACAACUGGAGCUAGAGAAACAGUUGGAAAAACAACGGGAAUUGGAACGACAGAGAGAAGAGGAAAGGAGGAAAGAAAUAGAAAGAAGAGAGGCUGCAAAACGGGAACUUGAGAGGCAGCGGCAACUGGAGUGGGAGCGUAAUCGUAGGCAAGAACUACUAAAUCAAAGAAACAAAGAACAAGAGGAUAUAGUUGUUCUGAAGGCAAAGAAGAAGACCUUAGAAUUUGAGCUGGAAGCUCUAAAUGAUAAGAAAAAUCAGUUGGAGGGAAAGCUUCGAGAUAUCAGAUGUCGGCUGUCUACCCAAAGACAAGAAAUUGAAAGUACAAAUAAAUCUAGAGAACUGAGAAUUGCAGAAAUCACCCAUUUGCAACAGCAGCUACAGGAAUCACAGCAGAUGCUUGGAAGGUUGAUUCCAGAAAAGCAAUUGCUUAAUGAUCAGCUGAAGCAAGUUCAACAGAAUAGUUUGCACAGAGAUUCUCUUCUUACUAUCAAAAGAGCCUUAGAAGCCAAGGAACUAGCACGUCAACAGCUUCGAGACCAACUAGAUGAAGUAGAAAAAGAAACCAGAUCUAAACUUCAGGAAAUUGAUAUUUUCAAUAAUCAACUGAAGGAGCUGAGAGAAAUACAUAACAAACAGCAACUACAAAAGCAAAAGAACUUGGAAGCUGAGAGGCUGAAACAGAAGGAACAAGAAAGGAAAACAGAACUGGAAAAGCAAAAAGAAGCUCAAAGGCGAAUCCAGGAACGGGAUAAACAGCGGCUUGAUCGAGUGCAACCGGAAGAAGAACUUCAGUGGCAAAAAAAAAUUCAAGAAGAUGAAAAACAAAAAAGGGAAGAAAUAACCAAGAAGAAGGAAAGUGACGAUAAGGGGAAACAGGAAAUGCAAGAGAAACUGAGCAAGCUUUUCCAACCACAUCAAGAGCCAAUCAAGCCAGCUGUCCAGGCUCCUUGGUCAAAUGCAGAAAAAGCUCCUCUAACCAUUUCUGCUCAGGAGGAUGUAAAAAUAGUGUAUUAUAGAGCACUGUAUCCUUUUGAAUCAAGAAGCCACGAUGAAAUCAGUAUUCAGCCUGGCGACAUAGUCAUGGUUAAAAGGGAAUGGGUGGAUGAAAGCCAGACUGGAGAACCAGGGUGGCUUGGCGGAGAACUGAAGGGGAAAACUGGAUGGUUCCCUGCAAACUAUGCAGAGAAAAUACCUGAAAAUGAAGUUCCUGCUUCUGCAAAGCCAGCAGUUGAUGCAACUGCUGCACCUAAAGUUUCUGUGCAUGAAACCACUAUGUCACUAGGAACUCCUGCUUCUACAGAGUGUACUACAAGUACCAAUAACUGGGCAGACUUCAGUUCAACCUGGCCAACAAACACUAGUGAGAAACCAGAGACUGAUAACUGGGAUGCCUGGGCAGCUCAGCCAUCCUUGACUGUUCCCAGUGCAGGGCAGAUGCGGCAGCGGUCAGCCUUCACUCCUGCCACUGUUACAGGAUCAUCUCCCUCUCCUGUCUUGGGUCAGGGUGAAAAAGUGGAGGGGCUUCAAGCACAGGCUCUGUAUCCUUGGAGAGCAAAAAAAGACAACCACCUUAAUUUCAACAAAAAUGAUAUCAUCACAGUUUUGGAACAGCAAGAUAUGUGGUGGUUCGGAGAGGUUCAAGGACAAAAGGGGUGGUUUCCUAAAUCAUAUGUGAAGCUUAUUUCAGGCCCCAUUAGGAAGUCAACGAGCAUGGAUUCUGGUUCCUCAGAAAGUCCUGCUAGUCUGAAAAGAGUAGCAUCACCAGCAACAAAAGCAACCAUGUCAGGUGAAGAGUAUAUUGCUAUGUAUACUUAUGAGAGUUCUGAACAAGGAGACCUAACUUUUCAACAAGGUGAUAUGAUUCUUGUGACAAAGAAAGAUGGCGACUGGUGGACAGGAACACUGGGUGAUAAAUCAGGAGUUUUCCCAUCUAACUAUGUGAGACUCAAAGAUUCUGAGGCUCCUGGAGCAGCUGGAAAAACAGGAAGUUUAGGGAAGAAACCUGAAAUUGCCCAAGUUAUUGCCUCUUACACAGCAACAGGUCCAGAACAGCUUACUCUUGCUCCUGGCCAGUUGAUUCUUAUCAGAAAGAAGAACCCAGGUGGCUGGUGGGAAGGAGAGCUCCAAGCACGAGGGAAAAAACGGCAGAUAGGAUGGUUCCCUGCUAAUUAUGUUAAACUUCUGAGCCCUGGUACCAGUAAAACUACACCAACCGACCUACCUAAAUCAACAGCAUUACCUUCAGUGUGCCAAGUAAUUGGCAUGUAUGACUACACUGCACAGAAUGACGAUGAGCUAGCGUUCAAUAAAGGCCAGAUUAUAAACGUCCUUAACAAGGAAGACCCAGACUGGUGGAAAGGGGAGGUGAAUGGACAAGUGGGUCUCUUUCCAUCCAACUAUGUGAAGCUGACAACAGACAUGGACCCAAGCCAGCAAUGGUGUGCAGACUUGCAUCUUCUGGAUAUGUUGACACCCACUGAAAGAAAAAGGCAGGGAUACAUCCAUGAGCUCAUUGUCACAGAAGAGAACUAUGUAAAUGAUCUGCAGUUGGUCACGGAGAUCUUCCAGAAACCACUAAUGGAGUCUGAGCUGCUAACAGAAAAAGAAGUUGCUAUGAUUUUUGUUAAUUGGAAGGAGCUGAUUAUGUGCAAUAUAAAACUACUGAAGGCUUUGCGUGUGCGUAAGAAGAUGUCUGGAGAGAAGAUGCCAGUGAAAAUGAUUGGUGACAUACUGACAGCUCAGCUGCCACACAUGCAGCCUUACAUUCGGUUCUGUAGCUGCCAGCUCAAUGGGGCAGCGCUCAUCCAGCAGAAGACAGAUGAAGUCCCUGAGUUCAAGGACUUUGUUAAAAGGUUAGCAAUGGAUCCUCGCUGUAAAGGAAUGCCACUAUCAAGUUUUCUACUAAAGCCUAUGCAACGGGUAACAAGAUACCCACUAAUAAUUAAAAAUAUAAUAGAAAACACUCCGGAAAACCACCCUGACCACAGUCACUUGAAGCAUGCUCUUGAGAAAGCAGAAGAAUUAUGUUCUCAAGUAAAUGAAGGCGUGCGGGAGAAGGAAAAUUCAGAUAGGCUGGAGUGGAUCCAGGCUCAUGUUCAGUGUGAAGGCCUGUCAGAGCAACUCGUAUUUAAUUCUGUUACAAAUUGCUUGGGACCACGCAAGUUUCUGCACAGUGGGAAACUCUACAAAGCCAAGAGUAACAAGGAACUAUAUGGCUUUCUGUUCAACGAUUUCCUCCUCCUGACUCAGAUCAUAAAACCUCUUGGCUCUUCUGGCACAGACAAGGUCUUCAGCCCCAAGUCUAAUCUGCAAUACAAAAUGUACAAAACUCCCAUUUUUCUAAAUGAGGUACUAGUAAAAUUACCCACAGACCCUUCUGGAGAUGAACCCAUCUUCCAUAUCUCCCACAUUGAUAGAGUCUAUACCCUCCGAGCUGAAAGCAUUAAUGAAAGGACUGCCUGGGUUCAGAAGAUCAAAGCUGCUUCAGAACUUUACAUAGAGACUGAAAAGAAGAAGAGGGAAAAGGCCUACUUAGUUCGCUCACAAAGAGCAACAGGCAUUGGGAGGUUGAUGGUGAAUAUUGUUGAAGGCAUUGAACUAAAACCUUGUAGGUCCCAUGGAAAGAGUAACCCAUACUGUGAGGUGACAAUGGGCUCUCAGUGCCACAUUACCAAGACGAUACAGGACACCCUCAACCCCAAGUGGAACUCCAACUGCCAGUUCUUUAUCAAAGACCUCGAGCAGGAUGUGCUCUGCAUUACGGUGUUCGAAAGGGACCAGUUCUCCCCAGAUGACUUUUUGGGCAGAACAGAAAUCCGUGUGGCAGACAUUAAGAAGGAUCAGGGUUCAAAGGGACCAGUUACAAAGUGUCUCCUUCUACAUGAAGUUCCAACAGGAGAAAUAGUCGUCCGACUAGACCUGCAAUUAUUUGAUGAGCCUUAGGAGGAAAGGGACCAAUGUUUUAUUUCAGCCUGAGUUCACUGCAAUAGGUGUCUGCAGAAGCUGUCGCAAAACCCUUGCUGGUGUGGUAUGAAACUACUGCUUGCCCUUCACGCAUAAGAGGGUUAUCAAAGCAAACAGGAGCAUCUUUGUGCCUUGAUAAUUCUCACUGAGAAAUGAAUCCCAGUUUAGUGAGGAGACCUCCCUCAAUUUCUCUAUGUGGAACUUGAUGUUAGUUUCCUGGGUUUAUGAAAUAACCUAGAUGUUCGUUGUGCUCCAGUCUGAAAGGCUGGCAAACCACAUAGGUUGCUGUGCUUGCUCCAGUUACCCUACUCUUUAAUUUAUAUGAAGAAGGCAACGUUGGUAUGUUUUGGAGGCUUUCUGCAGGGUUUUCCUCCUUAAGGAAUUCUGUGCCUAUUGCUCAGCAAAGUGGUGUGUAAAUGUAAUGUGAGUGGAAGGAGCGGUUACGCAGUAAGAAGAUCUUUGGAGAUCUUCAUGAUGGUACUGAAAAGACUUAGAAAAUAAAUAGUCUAUAUCUAUAAACAGAGGAGAUUCUAUUAACAUACCACUUCAUGAUGCACAUUGCCCCUGAAAAUAAAUUAUGUACAGGUCUUCUGCACAGAGGUGAAUUGCACUCCAGAAGAGUCUACUCACUCGGUACCUUUGGAAGUUGCUGUUUUCUAUAGGACUGUAAAUGUUUGAACAGUAAGCAAAGGAUUAACUGUAGAGCCCUGCUGUAUGUUGUGCUGUACCACUUUGAUGCUCCUUUCCUACUGCUGCUUCACUGUGUGACUGCAGAUGGAUGAUCUGUCACCUGCAGUGGGGGAAGGAAAAAAAUCACAGCUCUAGCUCAGGAAGCUAAUUUCUACCCCACAGAGUCUAGUCUGCAAAGCAAUCAGUGGUGACCAGUUAUUAAAUUGUACCGUGCCUAACUGUGUUUGACAUGGUGUCACUGAAUUCAGGGCAGCAGCAUUCUGUAGCUCACGAAAGUGUUUGUGGGAAGCCAGGGUUGGUGGAAGCAAUACUGGAUGCAAACAGAAACAGAGUGCUUGUGAUGGUGCAGAGUGGGUGACCCCAAAGUAAAAGCCUUGUCAUAUGGGGGAAUGCCAGGGCUCAUAUAUCCAUUUAACUCUACAAAUACACAUGUAUAGGCCCACAACCAGCAAACUUUCCCUGUUUGGCAAAGCACCCAGCUUUAAGCGUGCACUUAUGUCUUGUUUCCUUUAAGCACAUGCGUAAGUGCUUUGCUGAGUCUGGACUCGAGAGAGAGUAGACCCCUAAGAGUAAAAUUCCUCUUUGUUCUGCUUGGAUUCAUUUUGUUCAUGACUAUCAUGCAUACACUGGUAUUUUUGUAAGGACUUUCUUUCUGAAUGGGAGGUGUCAGCCUGUUUCAUUAGCAUGUGAACGUUCUCGUGGAGCCUGUUGUUAGGUUUUGGUGUUCCUUGCAUGUCCUUUCAGUACUGGUUUCCACCUUUCCUGUAUUGGCGGUGUUCUCUAGCACUACAAGUCUUAUUGAUUUCCAUUAGGAAAUUAGGAUAUAUUCAUAACGGAUAGGUAGAUACAGUAUGACAAUAAGUGUAAACUGUGCUGGGAAGUGUCUGUGUAUUAUAAUUUCCUAAAAGACCACUGUAAUGUUUCAAGCAAUGGGAAAAAAAAAUGUAUGUUGGAGGGACAACAAAGUUUACAUUUCAUACUUUUCAGAAUCGCUUUAUUAUUUAUUUAUUGAAGAUAGUGUAGAAUUUUGUAUCAGAAAUGACAGACAUACUUAUGUAUUUUUUGAAACAAAACAGAGAUACACACUUUAGUUGGAAACUUUUGACUGACCACAUUUUAGAGGGAGUGUAACUUCCUAGGCAUGCAUUUGUUUACCACUAGCUGGCUGAAAACACGAUUAAGAGAACUUUAAGUUUCUAUUUUUCAAUGUUGUUAAGAAAAUGGUUUCAAUUAAAAUAUGUAAAUAGUACUAAACCCAUGCUUUCCUAAUUCCAUAUCAAUACAUUUUAUUAAAUAUAAUGUAUAUGAAAAUACACAUUGUUGUGGUAGGAUAAAAAAAGUGAUAAAAAUCUAUUAAUGGAGUAACAUUAAAUGUCAUUGUCUAACCUUUAAUCGCUGUCCUAAUUUUACUCCGUAACUGUAAAUAUGGUGACUGUUCAUUUCAGUAUUUAAAAAGUAGCAUCACUUUUUUAUGGUCUCAUUUCACCAGCAUGAAUUACAGUAACAACUAGAUAGGCCUAACAGGACAAAAAAAGGCAGUGUAUGUAAUGCAGAAAUCCUCGCCAUGUUUUCAAAGGGAGCCUCAAGGAGCUGCACCGUCCACUGAGACUUAACUGGUGCUGAAAGUGGGGAACCCUUAGCUGCAGGGGCUCCUCUGACUGUGACCCUUGUCAUGGGCACGUACAGUUGCACCAUUUUGAGGAAUUGUCACAGAACUGAGCACCUUCCCAAGCACCAUCACUUGUGAUUUCCACUGACCCUUGAUGCACAGCAAUGUUUAACUCCCAUUAAUGUCAGUAGGAGUUACGCAGAUAGGAUGAUGAAGAAAGGCUGGGGUUUGGCUCACCAAUAUUUAAUGAAUCCCUCAUAAUAGGUCUAAUCCUAAAAAGAAAACUUGUCCUAAUCCCUGUGCAUCGAGGACAGAAUGUAUAUAUGCCCUUAGAGCCAGCCGACUGUGCAUCGGGAUGUCCCUGUUUUCUCGUUGCUCGCACUCAGAGCUCUGUAGCAUAUUGGCACUGCUGGCUUCCCAGAUGGAACUACUUUUCACUAGUGUUAGCCAAAGGUUCUUAGAAACCCAUUGACUCCAGCCUGGUUUUCCCUGUUCAGGAAUGCUAUAGUCUUGCACAUUGCUUUGCAUUAACUUCAUGGCUGCGUGAGCUACAGCUUUUUGCUUUUUUAUACACCAUAGCUGCACAGACCUCCUGCUCAUCCAGGACUUACUGCUGCAAAGGACUUCAUGCUCUUUACUGAAAGAGAAAAGAGACUUGUUCACUGUAUUCCUCGUAGUGUUUUCAUAGAGCAAACUGCAAUCUCUCCAUAGGCUUGUUUAAAUACCACCUGUAUUCUGAAGAGUUUGAGGAAGGGAGAGGCACACAGCAAUACCUAGGAAGUCAGGUAUCUCUUCCUAUCUUUAGAAAGCCAACUGGCAUUACCACAACGUAUGAAGGUUGAGCCAUCCUCUUAUCAGUGCCACAUGCUGGCAGUCAGGCCAAACUCUGCUAGUCUGUGCUGACAGUAUUUAAUACCUAUAUUUAUGUAGACGCUAUUUUUCAGAUGCUAGUUGUUGAUAUCUCUGAAUAUCUUCCUAAAUUAGCACACCUCAGCUCACAGGUCCCUUCUCCAGCCCCAUCAAGAUGUGUGUAAACUUUUCCUAAUGUUAUGCAAAAUAACCGUAACAACAAAAUUGAAGCCCAGAUAAUAUUUGGAUCGCAUUUUGGAUUAAAAGUGCAGAUUCAUGUAGAUGAGCAUCCCCACUACAAUACAGAGCUUGUAUAUUGUGGAGUUCUGGGGCUGAGGUUUUGUUUCUACCUUUUAGCAGGCUCUACUUUUUUGGAGAAGAUGUUUUGCUUAGAAGUAAUUCUUCAUCAUCAAACUCCUUGGCUGGCAUUCAAGCCUUUCUAAAAAUACUACUGUGACUUCUUAAUGCAUUCAAGUGGUCUUGCUUUGGAUAAACUAGGAGAAAAAAGUCCUAAGAGAAGAAAGAGCAAAACCUGCAGCUGUGAGAAAACAUGCAAUGGAAAAGUUGCACUGGUAGUUUGGUUUCCAACCUGUAUUUUUCCCUUAGGUUCAUUAAUUUUAACAAGGAGAAGAAUAGUGUUUCUCCUUAGUGCUUCCCUGGUUUUAAGUCUUGUAAUAGAACUGAGUUAAUGGGUCAGAAACUGGAAGGGAACAACACCAGUUUUAGAAAUUAUUCUAAUGACUUGUGAAAAAUGCUGGUAGCUGGGAAUGGGCAGGAUAUCAGCGUUGUGGUGGCUACGGACAGGACAGGAUGCUGAAGAGGAAGGAAAGAAUCUUCUUUUUUUUUUUUGGGGGGGGUGGGGAUGGGUAGGUGUGGAUAGAUAGUUUAAGAUGAGAUCCACAGUCUCACAGCAGAACUUCAAUCAUCCAGGACCCCAAACAUCCAUAAUACAACAACAGUGAUUAAUAACAAACCCUGUGUUUGUCCUCAGCCUCGGAGAGCCACACUGGAUUUAGUGCAGCUCUGUAUUUAUGGGGGAGUUUGGAUGCACCCUUUUAUAGAAGUGGAGCUUUUCGGUGUUUGUAACACCCUCGUAUGCCUCUUUCCAGGAAUUCCCUUCUGAGAUACAGAUCUGAAGUGCUUUGGCACUGUGUUUUUUCAAGAUGCUUUCACAAGGACUUCAUACACUUGUUAACAUUGCUAUCUGGCUCUUUGCUUUCCUGGUGCCACCCAGGCAGCUCUCAAGAACCAUCUGGAGGCACAUGGGUCCAUGCCCUUUCCAUACAGGGAAUCAGCUGCGCCACCGUCAAUGUGCCAGUUUUCUGUCUCUCAAAGGACUUGUCCUCCCAGCAUACAGUCAUAUGAGGUAGUUGCCAGCAGUGCCAUUAUACAUCAGCAGGGCAGAUAUUUGUCCUUUCACUUGUAUCCUCUCCAUCACUGCUGUGAUUGCUCUAAGAAUCAGCCUGGUCUUGUUGAUCCACCUUGAGAGCUUUUCCUCCCUGUGGACAGGAGGCAGCCCAUCAGAGAUGCCUCUCAGGAAAACCACCUGAGCUCAUUUUCCUCAGGUGCAGCUGGGAGCCAUUUUGUCCAGGGCAGCUUCAGCUCCCCCCUUUUCCUUGGUCCAGCCUCCCACCUGAGUAAACAUCCCUGCUGUCCUUCCCCACCGUGCCAAGCUGUGAGCUAAACCCAUAGCCUCUGGUUCACUGCUAUUAGUGUUGAGGCUCAUGUUUGAGAUCACCCAGGUCCCCUCCCAGACAUUAUUUUCCCCACCUGCUGAGCCUGUCGCCUCCCUCCAAGCCAAACACCAGCUGUGUUGCACAAACGAGCACAGUGGGUGACUGGAAGACACAUCUCACCUCAUCUCACUGCCCUGCUCUGCUGCAUUCCCUCUGGGUUUGUCUGCUGUGUACAUCUUGUGAGUAAACUGGUGCUUCUGUCCUGUAAUCAAUUAAGUCCUUUGGAAAGCAUCGCUCUUUCCUUCUCUUUAACCUCAACCCCCAAAGCUCAGCUGUGUGAAACAGUGCUGUUUUAGGGACUCCUUUCCAGGCUUCUCCCUCACAGCUCAUCUGGCAGCUUCCAUCUCUGGCACAGCCCCUGGCUCGACAAAGCACUUCAGCAGAUGCUUAACUUUAAUUCGUGCCCCAAUUUAGUGCAAAGGCAACAUAAAGACAGCCGGUGGCCUACAUGCUUUGGUGGGGAUGCAUGGAGGAAUUCAGAAGGCUUGGAUAAUGUAGAAUCUACAUUAUGAACUUGGUUCAAGCACUGUAAGGGUUGGGAGAUUGCAGUAGAGCGUCAAGCAAAAAAUCAAGAUCAAGGUAAAAUGCAAAAGUAGUUCAUAGUCUUCGCAGCUGGAUCUGUUUUCUUCCUUAUCUUUCUGAAAGUUUUAGCCACUAAACUCACCAGAACUGUAUUUACUGGGCAAAUCAUAAUUCUUAUACUUACAGAUUGUGACACACUUGGAAGCACUGUAAAAUAAAAAGCCACUAAGGCUGUCCUCAGCCUUGAAAAUAGCGAGUACCUUGACAAGUACAGUGCUGGUAGAAAGCCAGACUGUAAAGCCCUGAGAGGUUGCAUGCAGCCAGUGAGGUGACUUGGGCACUUUGAAAGACACAGCAUGUCACUGAGCUGACACUAAGCCAAAUAACUGGUAAAUUACUGAAGCUUUUUCUAGAUGCACUUAAUUAUUGUGUAUUUUCUCAACAUGAGUUUUUAUGAGGGGACUUUUUAAAUGUUCAUUUUACGAUUUUUUUACCCUUUAAAAAGAAAUAAAUCACUUUUUGUUACAUGUGAGUGGGGGGGGGGGGCGACAUUGUGGAUAAUGCAGUUUUUGUAAUAUUGUUAAAUACACUUUCAAAACUAAGAUGUGACAAGUCCAGACUUCUACUGCAACAGCAGUAUCAUGUUUCAUACUGCUCUGCUUGCCACUGUGGUACUUCAGCGUAUUCAAAUCCAGCAGUCAGAACCCUGGAAUAGCAGAAAAGCUGGGAAUCAGGUUAUAUCACCUUAGCUUUGAGGGGUGUGCUCUGUACGUACAUACCACAUGUAUCCUGGUGUUUUUUUAGCCCCGACACUCUUGUCCUACAUGCAUAUUGAUGUAUCUAUAGUUAAGUACAUGCUUAUAUAUAUAUGUGAUUAUUUGUAUAUAUACUAAAAAAACACAGCUAUGUUGUCGUUGUCAAAAUACUGAGUAAAUCUAACAGAAAAGAGUUUAUAGGAACCCAGUUUUGUUUGUUCAUUUAAAUAUUUUAAAAUAAGGACUGUCCUUGGGAAAUUAUUUUUCUGUACAUAGGAGGAUAUAUUUAGGACCUAAUUUAAGAGAAUAAAGAACUGCAGCAAGAAUAUGUUAAACUAGCCUAGUUGCUUGAUAUAGUUGUCAAAGGCUCUGCUGUGACCAUAGAUGAAUUCCUUGUGCUGCUUAUAAACCUGCAAAGUGUCACUAACCCUGGAUUUAGCAGUCGGUUCUGGGAUGUUCAAGUGUUGUGCAAGUGAAGUGAGCUGGUGCUUUCUCUGAGCCCCGUGUCAGACCUGCAGGCAGCAGCUCCUGCCCUCCACAGGGAGCACAUGUGGAAGGAGAGGGCUGGCAUGCAGAGGAGUAAGGGACAAUGGGAAAAAAUAGGGACAGAGUUAAGAAGAGCUUGGUGAGCAGUAGGAUCUCUGCCCCGCCCGAAAAUCUGGGAGGGUGUCCAUCGGGUGAUGGAUUGGAAGGGAAAUCCCUCCCAGCUGUGGUGGCUGCUCCACAGGAAUGGCCUCAUGGUGUAACCUGCUCUUGCCAGGAGGAAGAGGGAAGGUUGGGUGUGGGACCAUAGCGCUGGUCCGGGUGCUUGGCCAACUCGCUGCCCUUAUUCUUACUCCCUCCUUCCCCACAUCUUUCAGGCUCUCCUAGGUUUGCGCCACCACAGUCACCCUGGGAUGGGCUGCUUUUGGAGCGACCAGGCCUGGGGUCUGUAGCAUUCAUGUGACCCUAAAAAUUACAAAGGCAUUAUAAAAUAAGAUCUGGCCAAACAGGAGAAAAAGGUACUUCUUUUUUUUUCUUUUUCCCCAGAGAAAAUGAAAUUAAUUUGUAUUGUUCAUCUACGUCACAUCUAACUGUUCUACAGUAAAACACUCAUACUGUGAAGUUGUCUUCUUUUGGUUUUCUAAGCAUUCAUAAUAGGCGUAAUGAAUAAUUAUGAAUCAGGCAGCACUGUUUCUCGUAAGACAAUUCCAACUGUACUUUGCUUGCUGUGAGUGUCACAUUUCCUCAGCCACAUCUGGUUAAAUAAAUCUAUUUUCAGACAAAGGUCCUCUUAAGCAAAAGCUCUUAAAAUGUGUUCACCUGCUUGAGGAAUUGUGCUGCUUCUGAGACUGCAGUCACCAAGGUGAAAACUGCCAAUACGGUUUUAGGCUGUGCAAUUUGUUUGGCUCGGAUGAGACUGUAGUUGUGUGAGUGAAAUUAUGCAAGAAUAAAUCCUGGUUUUUUAAGUUUAA